AUGUCAGCUUGUGAGGCAACUGGAGCUGAUGUUGUCGAGUUUUUUGAACUCAAGACUCGAGAUUACAAGAGGAUAUAUGACAACAUGUUUGAUGGAAGGAACGUUGUGAAUGUGGAGAAGCUGAGGGAGAUCGGUUUCAUUGUGUAUUCAAUUGGUAAGCCACUGGAUGCAUGGCUCAAGGACAUGCCUGCUAUUGCUUAA